AUGGCUGAAAGCGAGCAAAGGACCCCUAGGAGGCUGAGAGCCUCCUGUGAUCCUUGUCAUCGGCUGAAGCUCAGAUGCACAUUCACCGGGUCCGACACCUGCAUCCGAUGCCAGAAGCUGAAGAUAGUCUGCAUCCGCAGCCAAUUGAAGCCAGCCGGAAGGCGCAUGGCCAAGAAAGAGCGCCCUGAGGCAUCUACAUCCACAUCCCCUCCAACCUCCACACCAGAAGGAUCAAAACCAUCGCCACCUUCCGACAACUUCUCGCCCUUCCCCACAUCAUGUUUCGGCGGCGAUGAGGCCUCCACGCAUUACUCCAGCCUGUUCAAUGACGCGUCGGUCCCGCCGUUGGCAGGGGCGGCAACGCCGGAGACGAACCACACUCUGUUCCACACAAGCAUGGGCGACCAGACCGACGGCCCCGAAAUGGCAUUUCUGCCGGCAAUGUGGGCCACGGAAGCAGCAGCAGCAGCAGCAGGAGAGUCACCAACAAGCGGGUGGGCAGAUCGGCAGCCUGGACCGCCGCCCAGCGUCAGCGCCAACCCCUCGUGCACGUGCUUCGUCGCGAUUGCGUGUUCGAUGCGGGACCCGCCUGGGCCCGAGCUCGAGCUCGAGCGCCCCUCGGUCCAGUGCACGCUGCAGCAGAACAAGGACGCGCUGGCCGUCGUGGCCGACUUUGCGGCCUGCGAGUGCGCCCACGACCCCUCCCUCGAGGUCCUCGCGUACGUCUUCUUGCAUAAGAUCACGGCUACUUUCGCCCACGCUAUCUACAUGCCUGGCCAGAACGUGUUUCGCUUUGGCGCCGGUAGGGUUGUGGGCCAGGAUGCUGUGGAGCUUAGGCGCCAUAUCAUCCGCAUUGGCCUCGAUAAGGUGAAGCAUUUGUUGGGUCUGUUGGCACGGAAGUCUGGGUCUGAUUAUAAUACUCCGGGUUGCUGGAAGGGGAGAGGAGAUAAUUUUUAUGCCCAGAUUGCCGUUUGGAUGCAGACUUAUGUGAGGAGGGAGGCUGAUAGGAUUAUUGACAAGCUUCAACCCUACGGUUAG